AUGGUUGACCAAGCCAUGUCCUGUUCUGCAUCGAGUACUACACCUGGAGCUGCGCCACCAACGUCGGCUGUUAAAAGACAUACUACUCUAGAUGCUUAUCCAGACACUUCACCAGCCACUGCUCCAUACACUUAUCAAUACAAUAUUUUACGAACUACUAAAUUCCCUACUUUAGACACUCCUCUAGAUGUUGCUCCUAGUACUUCUCCGGGCACUACUUCAGACACAUCUCCAGAUACUACUAUAGACACUUCCUCGGACACUACUUCAGACACAUCUCCAGAUACUACUAUAGACACUUCCCCGGGCACUACUUCAGACACAUCUCCAGAUACUACUAUAGACACUUCCCCGGACACUACUUCAGACAUAUCUCCAGAUACUACUAUUGACACUUCCCCGGACACUUCUUCAGACACAUCUCCAGAUACUACUAUAUACACUACACCGAACACUAUUCUAGAGACUUCUACAGACAAUAAUCUAGACACUUCUUCCUACAAUACUCUAGAUAAUUCUCCAGACAGUACUCUUGGCAUCACCCUAGACGCUACUCUAGACACUUCUUUAGACACUACAAUGAACACCUCCGGCACUGCACUAGACACUUCCCCAGACACUUAUCGAACCAUUUCUGCAGACACUACACAAGACACUACUCCUGACAUAUUACGCGACACUACACCAGACAUAACCCCAGACACUUCACGAGACAUUACACUAGACAUUUCUUCGGACGUUACUCUAAACAGUGCCCUAGUGACUACUUCACAUUUUUCUAUUUUUACCACCAAACCUAUGUGUCCAUGCCUACCUGUCCAUCAGAAGUAUGCUAACAUCACAAAGGAAGAAUUGACCAAUAUCGUGAAAGCAAUUAAAAAAGAUCUGUUAUUAAACAAGACUUUAUUAGCGACACAUAUUCGUCGGAAACUGUCAGCCAAAGACAAUCGUAUAACGUCAAAGAUAAUGGGAUACACAGGGGCCACUCUGUUGACCACGCCCAUUAUCAUCAUUGUAAUGUUUGACUUGGUUGAUUUAUUCACGUAUUUUUUAGCGUUCAGGCGAAUUCGAGUUGUUUUCCCAUUGUGA